UCCAAGCAAAACAUGGCACAUUUUGCUCAUACCACCUCUCUUCUUGCUUCCCUCCUCCUCCUCCUCCUCCUCCUUCUUCCACAUUCUAACUCUUCUGAUGAGGCCGAUUUCGAUGAUAAUGACUUUGAAUCCUCACCUGUUCCACUUUCAGAUGUUGAUCUCUUGGAGUUUCCUCUGAACCUUGAGUACUUGGAAGCUGAGUUCUUCCUGUAUGGCUCUUUGGGUUUUGGUUUGGACACAGUUGCUCCAAAUUUGACAAUGGGAGGUCCAAAACCCAUUGGUGUUAAGAAAGCCAAGUUAGACCCUUUCACUAGGGAUGUGAUCGAACAGUUUGCAUGGCAAGAAGUUGGACACUUGAGAGCUAUCAAAAGGACAGUGAGAGGGUUCCCAAGGCCACAGUUGGAUUUAAGUGCCAAAUCAUUUGCAAAGGUGUUUAAUCUUGCAUUUGGGCGUGUUUUAAAGCCACCAUUUGAUCCUUAUGCCAAUAGCUUGAACUACCUCCUUGCAUCGUAUUUGAUCCCUUAUGUUGGUCUUACUGGUUAUGUUGGAGCAAACCCCAAACUCCAAGGUGCUACUUCCAAAAGGCUUGUUGCAGGUCUUUUGGGUGUGGAAUCAGGGCAAGAUGCAGUGAUUAGAGCAUUGCUGUAUCAGCAGGCUCUGGUAAAAGUGCACCCAUAUGGUAUAACAGUGGCCGAGUUCACAAACCGGCUUUCUGAUCUGAGGAACAAGCUAGGACAAAAGGGUUUGAAAGAUGAAGGCCUUCUGAUUCCAAGAUACAUAGGAGCAGAGGGAAGAAUCAGCGGCAAUGUUCUUGCCGGAGACUCCUAUUCAAUUUCAUAUGACAGGACGCCAGAGGAGAUACUAAGGAUUGUGUAUGGAUCAGGUGAUGAACAUGUACCGGGGGGUUUCUAUCCGAAAGGAGCUGAUGGUCAUAUAGCCAAAUCUCAUCUACAAAGUGAAUAGAACUAGAAGAAAUAGUACUAGUUCAUCUUAUUUUGCCUUGUUUACACAGUUCUAUCUGGUCCUUCUCAAAAGAAAUAAAUGAUCCAAAAUAAGAA